AUGUUUCUAUACAAAAUAUUAAUAGUUUUUAUAACAAGCAAGAUAUCAAUUGCCUUGGUGUAUGCUCAUCAAGAGAGAAACUCAGAGAAAACUGAGUCUGAUGACAUGGAACGAGAGCACAUUGUACGUAAGAGCAUGAACAGAGAGUGGCAGUACGAGGGCAUACACAUAGAGCUGCCGUACCGAAAGAGUUAUAACGUAGAGAAAACUACUACGUCUACCACAACGGAACCCCCUCUGGACCCGCCCCUCGACCGCCGCUACCGCCGUAUCUACAACGCUGACGAAAUCGGCUACAUCGAGGACUACCCUUUCCUCGCGGCCUUGCUGGUGAACAAGCAGCUCUGGUGUGGAGGAGCCAUCAUCAGCUCGGACACGAUAUUGACUGCUGCGCAUUGUUUGCAAUUACAAUAUAACAACCGAUUCUUCCGAGAGUACGUGAAAAUGCUGAGUAUUCGAGUGGGUUCUUCAAACGCGACCGCCGGCGGGGAACUAUAUAAAGUGACAGAGAUCUUCUUCCAUCCGAACUAUAAACCUGAAACCUUGGAGUUUAAUUUUGCAGUACUAAGAGUACACAAGAAAAUAACCAGCGACAAAAAAGUUAAAGUGUCAGAAAUAGAUUAUUCGACAGACAAAUUGGUACCAACUGAUAGUAAUAUCACGUUCCUUGGUUGGGGAUCGGUAUUGAGCAUCGGAGGUUUGGGUGGACAAGUGCUGCUACAGAAGUUAGUCCUUCCAGUCUAUGAUCUUGCUGAUUGCCAAGAGAUCUACGGCAGAAAUCUGGUUACAAGAACUAACUUCUGCGCAGGAUAUAUAACACUCGCGAAAAAUGUAUGCAAUCACGAUGCAGGAGGACCGGCAAUAAUGGACGGAUUAUUAGUCGGCAUUUUGUCUUUUUCUUCCAAACGUUGUGACAAACCAGACCAGCCAGCAGUGUUCUCGACCGUCGGGGCUGUUACAUCCUGGCUGGAAAGUAUUGGAGAAAACAAAGUGACGCUUACG